AUGCUGCUCGGUAGAUCCACUUUCGAGUAUGUCCUCGUCAAAGCAGUCAUAUACUUCUUCAGCUACCUUGGCCUCGUUUGCCUCGCAUACUUCUACCUGGUAUUGUCCAUUGGCGGUGUCAGGUUGAUUGCGCACCCUGUUUCCAUCGCGAUAGAAGUUCUCGGUGCGAUCGAAAUCCUGUUCUACCUCUUCUGGUUUCUACCGUACUGCUCUUAUCUACGCAAAAAGAAAGCGUUGUUUCCUCCGCCAUUGAAUCGAGAACAUCGACAAGACUUGUUCGAUAGGAGUCUAGCCGUGACCUCGGAUAUUGAGCUCUAUGUCAAAAAAUGGAUGUGUGGGGCAAAUUUGGAAGAUUUGAGAAGGGAAAACGUGAAAGAGUGGUUACUAUGGGCAUUAUUUGACAGAGAAGGUCCGCCGGGAGAAGACGACGAGGAGCUAGAAGGAUAUGUCGAGACGGUUGAGGAGACGCUGGGGAGGAAUAUUAGGCCUGGAUGGGGACCUGUAAGCUGUGUCCGACUGAACUUCCGGAAGUUUUCAGUCUCGCAUCGAAGUCUGACCUACUACAUGGUAAUCCUGCUGUUCCAAACCACAGGACGGCUACUGACUAGUUCUCAGAUGAUUGGCACCAUAGACUUCUUCUCAUCAAUGAUCCUACUCGCAUCAGGCUUCAGCUUCUACCGUCAACCGCGCGUCAAGUUCUUGAAGACCUUUCCACUCCGUCCACUCACGCUUUUCGCGCCCAAACAGUCAGCCUCUCCGAACUUCAGCUACUUUUACCGCCCGCACAAAUCUACUACGCACCGUCCGAUAGUCUUCGUCCACGGCCUCGGUAUCGGCCUUGCCAUCUACAUACCCUUCUUCCUCAUGCUACCAAAGGACAUUGGCAUCCUCGCCAUCGAGGUCCUUCCCAUAUCGUCUCGCAUAACAGAAGCAGGGCUCCUUCCCGCCGAUCAAGUGCGCGAAAUCGGCGACAUAAUCACGCAGCAGAACAUUGAAUCGUUCGUUUUCAUCGGUAACUCCUACGGCACCUUUUUCACGAAGUUGUUCCUAGAAAACCCCUUCCUCGCAAGCCGCAUGGCACGUAUUGUCCUCAUGGACCCCGUCGCCAUCCUGCUCCACAUCCCGGACUUAGCGUACAAUGCAACGAGUCGAGCACCAGUGCAUCCCAAUGAGAUAGAGAUCGCGUGGGCUGCAAUGACAGAGCCGGACAUCGCGUUCACACUCGCGAAACGGUUCUGCUGGCGCAGCCACAUACUCUGGCAAGAAGACCUUCUCAGAGUCCCUACGACCAUCGUAAUCGGAAGUGAUGACUGCCUCGUGAAUGCGGAAGCCAUCGCCGCAUAUAUCACGAAAGGAGCGCCUCAGCCAGAUCCUGCAUCCGUGGAGUCGAAACCAGAUCUACAGUGGUCGUGGGCAGACCGGAAAUCUUGGGAGCGGAACGAGUGGAGCGGCGAAGGAUUAGAACUGUACUGGUUGGAGGGUUAUGAUCAUGGGCAGGGAAUCUUCUCAUCUCGUGUUUUGCGGAAUAUAGUGAAGCUUGUUGAGCGGUAUUGUGCGAGAGACACGGACGAGGCGGACGUUCCUCCUGAGAAGGAACUUCCGCAGCCGCCCGGAGAUGCUGAUGUCGAAGGGUUUGAGCUGGUCUCGAUAUUGAAAGGGAAGGAGGCUGAAGUGAAUACACGGAGAGACUCGGGCAAUAGUCAGUCAAUCUGA